AUGGCCUACACAGGCAACUUUCAAUCUCGAAAAGGUGAAACGAAUUUUGAUCGCAUUUCUGGCAGUGUCCACGCUUGCAAAAACAACACUUUGCUGCACGCUGCUGCUGCCAAAUACUGCAAUUUCAUCCAGGAGACAGCAGGUCCAUACUCAGCAUGUCAUUCCUCCGUCAAUCCGACAGAAAGUUUUGAUGCCUGCAUGUCUGAUUUCUGCAACUGUAAGAAAGAGAGACACAGCGAUUGUGCCUGCAGUGCUGCUAAAGAUUACGAGAAGCAAUGCUUAGCCGAAGGAGUGAUCACAUUCAGGUCAAUCGUCGAUGCCUGCGGCGUAUGCGGUGGGGACGGCACCUCUUGCAGCCAAAAAUACUCUACGUGCACCGUUUUCAGCAGCCCGCUAGCCUCGGUCAAUGGAAAAAAGCAGAAAUUUACAACGUUCGACUGCUUAUUGCACAAAUUUCAAGGUUCUUGCGAAUACGUUUUGGCACGUGACUGCACUGAUGGCUUCUUUGAUAUCCACAUUGAGAAUGACUGUCCUUUUCCAAAUGGCAUCCGUACUACUUGGACAAAAGGCAUUGCUAUUCGUACACGUCAGCUCGGCGUGGUUAAAGCUCUCCUUUCUUACAAAGAAACCAAAGUCUAUAUGAACGAUAGCCUUUUAAGUUGGCCAUCAACAAAUUAUGGAGCCGACGGUUCUCGAAUUCUCUUGUUCACUAAAGUAAUGGAAGACAUAGUUGAGAUCGUUUUGGCAAGCAUAGAUGUCAGGAUAUCAGUGAUUGAUCAACAUCAAAUAGUUGUAUCUAUUCCAAGAUCAUUUAUUAAUAAAACUUGCGGCUUGUGUGGUAACUACAAUGGCAACCCAGAGGACGACCUCAUGCUGACCAACGGAAAGUCGCUGCCAGUCAGUAACGUAGACGGUUCUACGUCCACUAUGUCUGUCUCUAACUAUCUCACGUUUGGUACCAACUGGACUGCACAGGGCAAGGACAGACUACUCUUAAGCCCGAGUGACACUUGUGGUAAGCUCAUCCAUGUAUCCUAUUGCGAUCAACUGUUGGAUCGCAGAGAAACGGUCGAAAAAUUUUGCGAAGUUAUUAUUGAUCCGAAAGGACCAUUUGCUGAAGCUCACAGUUACACCGAUCCAGAGAAAGCGUACAAGCAAUGUGUACUGAGCGGCUGCGCGCAUGAUGGAGAUACAAAAUAUGCAUGUUCAGCAAUCCUAUCAUACAGAGAUCAAUGUCAAAGAUGCAACAAAAAUUUCCCUAGACCCGUCGUGCCAGAUUGCGAAAUAUCGUGUAACAAUCUUACUACACCAGCGAAUGGUUCCAAAACCGGCAGCGGGAAUUCUCUUGAAGACAUAAUAACAUUUUCUUGCAACAACGGAUUUACAUUAUCUGGAUCACCUUUCCGUCAAUGUCAGGCAAACGGUUCGUGGAGUGGAGAGCAGCCCCAGUGUUUAGACGUCGACGAGUGUGCGAAAGGUACCCACGACUGCGAUUCGAAUGCCGAGUGCAUCAACGGGCUAGGAUCUUUUGCUUGCACUUGCAAUCCAUGCUACAGUGGCAGCGGGACGACAUGCACACUUGCAGGAUUGAAGUGCCCUGUUCUGGCGCCUCCAACGGCCGGAAGGCUUACUGCUAGCAGUUCCAAUAUGUGCGGAAAGAACUCGACGUUUGAAUGCGAGGUAGGCUAUCGUUUGGUCGGAUCGUCUUCUCUGCAAUGCGGCGAGGACUCCCUCUGGUCUGGAAUGAAGCCGGUCUGCUAUGAUAUCGAUGAAUGUGUACAGGGAACGGACAAUUGCGAUUCCAACGCUGAGUGCAACAACACGGUCGGAUCAUUCACUUGCACUUGUCAUGCUUGCUACAGCGGAGACGGCAUUAAUUGCACGCAUGUCAAUGAGUGUAGUGAGGAGUCUCACAAUUGUGCUCUAACAGUGGGAUCUUGUACGAACACUGUGGGAGGCUUUAAUUGCUCGUGUGUGAAGUGUUAUGCGGGUGAUGGCAGAUCGUGCAAGAGAAUCGAGUGCGAGAGUCUUUUGUCGCCGUCCAAUGGAACAAUAAACAGCAGCGACACGACAUGUUCUGCGACGGUUGCGUAUGGAUGCGAUGCUGGAUACCGUCUGAAUGGCGACCAAGUAAGAACGUGUCAGGAAGACGGUACGUGGAAUGGAGAACAACCCCAUUGUUCAGACAUCGACGAGUGUGCGGAGGGCACGCACGACUGCGAUUCUAAUGCCGAGUGCAUCAAUGGGAUAGGAUCUUUUGCUUGCACUUGCAAUCCAUGCUACAGUGGUAGCGGGACGACCUGCACGCGUACGACUUGUCCUGGUUUGGUUUCUCCAGAACAUGGAAGCAUUGCAAGUAACUCUAGUCUCUGUGGAAAUAAUGUGACAUUCGCAUGCAACGUCGGGUAUCGGUUACAUGGAUCCUCCUCGAGACAAUGCGGCAUAAACUCACUAUGGUCUGGAACGCAACCAGUUUGCAACGAUGUCAAUGAGUGUAGUGAGGAGUCUCACAAUUGUGCUGAAACAGUGGGAUCUUGUACGAACACUGCGGGAGGCUUUAAUUGCUCGUGUGUGAAGUGUUAUGAAGGUGAUGGCAGAUCGUGCGUGAGAAUCGAGUGUGAGAGUCUUUUGUCGCCGUCCAAUGGAACAAUAAACAGCAGCGACACGACGUGCUCUGCGACGGUUGCGUAUGGAUGCGACGCUGGAUACCGUCUGAAUGGUGACCAAGUAAGAACGUGUCUGGAAAACGGUUCGUGGAGUGGAGAGCAGCCCCAGUGUUCAGAUGUCGACGAGUGUGCGAAAGGUACGCACGACUGCGAUUCUAAUGCCGAGUGCAUCAACGGGCUAGGAUCUUUUGCUUGCACUUGCAAUCCAUGCUACAGUGGCAGCGGGACGACAUGCACACGAUUGAAGUGCCCUGUUCUGGUGCCUCCAACGGCCGGAAGGCUUACUGCUAGCAGUUCCAAUAUGUGCGGAAAGAACUCGACGUUUGAAUGCGAGGUAGGCUAUCGUUUGGUCGGAUCGUCUUCUCUGCAAUGCGGCGAGGACUCGCUCUGGUCUGGAACAAAACCGGUCUGCAAUGAUAUCGAUGAAUGUGUACAGGGUACGGACAAUUGCGAUUCCAACGCUGAGUGCAACAAUACGGUCGGAUCAUUCACUUGCACUUGUCGUGCUUGCUACAGCGGAGACGGCAUUAACUGCACGCGAACGUCGUGUGCUGUUUUGGAGCCUCUAGAGAAUGGGAGCAUUUCUGGUGAGACGAAUUUGUGCGGAGAAAAUGUGACGUUUGCUUGUAACGAUGGCUAUCGCUUGUCGGGAUCCUCAUCGAGACAAUGCGGCAUAAACUCACUGUGGUCUGGAACGCAACCAGUUUGCAACGAUGUCAAUGAGUGUAAUGAGAAGUCUCACAAUUGUGCUGAAACAGUGGGAUCUUGUACGAACACUGCGGGAGGCUUUAAUUGCUCGUGUGUAAAGUGUUAUGCGGGUGAUGGCCGAUCGUGCAAGAGAAUCGAGUGUGGGAGUCUUUUGUCGCCGUCCAAUGGAACAAUAAACAGCAGCGACACGACAUGUUCUACGACGGUUGCGUAUGGAUGCGAUGCUGGAUACCGUCUGAAUGGUGACCAAGUAAGAACGUGUCAGGAAAACGGUUCGUGGAGUGGAGAGCAGCCCCAGUGUUCAGAUGUCGACGAGUGUGCGGAAAGUACGCACGACUGCGAUUCUAAUGCCGAAUGCAUCAACGGGCUAGGAUCUUUUGCCUGCACUUGCAAUCCAUGCUACAGUGGCAGCGGGACGACAUGCACACGAUUGAAGUGCCCUGUUCUGGUGCCUCCAACGGCCGGAAGGCUUACUGCAAGCAGUUCUAAUAUGUGCGGAAAGAACUCGACGUUUGAAUGCGAGGUAGGCUAUCGUUUGGUCGGAUCGUCUUCUCUGCAAUGCGGCAAGGACUCGCUCUGGUCUGGAACGAAACCGGUCUGCAAUGAUAUCGAUGAAUGUGUACAGGGUACGGACAAUUGCGAUUCCAACGCUGAGUGCAACAACACGGUCGGAUCAUUCGCUUGCACUUGUCAUGCUUGCUACAGCGGAGACGGCAUUAAUUGCACGCGAACGUCGUGUGCUGUAUUGAAGCCUCUAGAGAAUGGGAGCAUUUCUGGUGAGACGAAUUUGUGCGGAGAAAAUGUGACGUUUGCUUGUAACGAUGGCUAUCGCUUGUCGGGAUCCUCAUCGAGACAAUGCGGCAUAAACUCACUGUGGUCUGGAACGCAACCAGUUUGCAACGAUGUCAAUGAGUGUAAUGAGAAGUCUCACAAUUGUGCUGAAACAGUGGGAUCUUGUACGAACACUGCGGGAGGCUUUAAUUGCUCGUGUGUGAAGUGUUAUGCGGGUGAUGGCCGAUCGUGCAAGAGAAUCGAGUGUGGGAGUCUUUUGUCGCCGUCCAAUGGAACAAUAAACAGCAGCGACACGACAUGUUCUGCGACGGUUGCGUAUGGAUGCGAUGCUGGAUACCGUCUGAAUGGUGACCAAGUAAGAACGUGUCAGGAAAACGGUUCGUGGAGUGGAGAGCAGCCCCAGUGUUCAGAUGUCGACGAGUGUGCGGAAAGUACGCACGACUGCGAUUCUAAUGCCGAGUGCAUCAACGGGCUAGGAUCUUUUGCCUGCACUUGCAAUCCAUGCUACAGCGGCAGCGGGACGACAUGCACACGAUUGAAGUGCCCUGUUCUGGUGCCUCCAACGGCCGGAAGGCUUACUGCUAGCAGUUCUAAUAUGUGCGGAAAGAACUCGACGUUUGAAUGCGAGGUAGGCUAUCGUUUGGUCGGAUCGUCUUCUCUGCAAUGCGGCAAGGACUCGCUCUGGUCUGGAACGAAACCGGUCUGCAAUGAUAUCGCUGAAUGUGUAGAGGGUACGGACAAUUGCGAUUCCAACGCUGAGUGCAACAACACGGUCGGAUCAUUCGCUUGCACUUGUCAUGCUUGCUACAGCGGAGACGGCAUUAUGUGCACGCAUGUCAAUGAGUGUAAUGAGAAGUCUCACAAUUGUGCUGAAACAGUGGGAUCUUGUACGAACACUGCGGGAGGCUUUAAUUGCUCGUGUGUGAAGUGUUAUGCGGGUGAUGGCCGAUCGUGCAAGAGAAUCGAGUGUGGGAGUCUUUUGUCGCCGUCCAAUGGAACAAUAAACAGCAGCGACACGACAUGUUCUGCGACGGUUGCGUAUGGAUGCGUUGCUGGAUACCGUCUGAAUGGUGACCAAGUAAGAACGUGUCAGGAAAACGGUUCGUGGAGUGGAGAGCAGCCCCAGUGUUCAGAUGUCGACGAGUGUGCGGAAAGUACGCACGACUGCGAUUCUAAUGCCGAGUGCAUCAACGGGCUAGGAUCUUUUGCCUGCACUUGCAAUCCAUGCUACAGCGGCAGCGGGGCGACAUGCACACGAUUGAAGUGCCCUAUUCUGGUGCCUCCAAAGGCCGGAAGGCUUACUGCAAGCAGUUCUAAUAUGUGCGGAAAGAACUCGACGUUUGAAUGCGAGGUAGGCUAUCGUUUGGUCGGAUCGACUUCUCUGCAAUGCGGCAAGGACUCGCUCUGGUCUGGAACGAAACCGGUCUGCAAUGAUAUCGAUGAAUGUGUACAGGGUACGGACAAUUGCGAUUCCAACGCUGAGUGCAACAACACGGUCGGAUCAUUCACUUGCACUUGUCAUGCUUGCUACAGCGGAGACGGCAUUAAUUGCACGCGAACGUCGUGUGCUGUUUUGAAGCCUCUAGAGAAUGGGAGCAUUUCUGGUGAGACGAAUUUGUGCGGAGAAAAUGUGACGUUUGCUUGUAACGAUGGCUAUCGCUUGUCGGGAUCCUCAUCGAGACAAUGCGGCAUAAACUCACUGUGGUCUGGAACGCAACCAGUUUGCAACGAUGUCAAUGAGUGUAAUGAGAAGUCUCACAAUUGUGCUGAAACAGUGGGAUCUUGUACGAACACUGCGGGAGGCUUUAAUUGCUCGUGUGUGAAGUGUUAUGCGGGUGAUGGCCGAUCGUGCAAGAGAAUCGAGUGUGGGAGUCUUUUGUCGCCGUCCAAUGGAACAAUAAACAGCAGCGACACGACAUGUUCUGCGACGGUUGCGUAUGGAUGCGUUGCUGGAUACCGUCUGAAUGGUGACCAAGUAAGAACGUGUCAGGAAAACGGUUCGUGGAGUGGAGAGCAGCCCCAGUGUUCAGAUGUCGACGAGUGUGCGGAAAGUACGCACGACUGCGAUUCUAAUGCCGAGUGCAUCAACGGGCUAGGAUCUUUUGCCUGCACUUGCAAUCCAUGCUACAGCGGCAGCGGGACGACAUGCACACGAUUGAAGUGCCCUGUUCUGGUGCCUCCAAAGGCCGGAAGGCUUACUGCUAGCAGUUCUAAUAUGUGCGGAAAGAACUCGACGUUUGAAUGCGAGGUAGGCUAUCGUUUGGUCGGAUCGUCUUCUCUGCAAUGCGGCAAGGACUCGCUCUGGUCUGGAACGAAACCGGUCUGCAAUGAUAUCGAUGAAUGUGUAGAGGGUACGGACAAUUGCGAUUCCAACGCUGAGUGCAACAACACGGUCGGAUCAUUCGCUUGCACUUGUCAUGCUUGCUACAGCGGAGACGGCAUUAUGUGCACGCAUGUCGACGAGUGUGCGGAAAGUACGCACGACUGCGAUUCUAAUGCCGAGUGCAUCAACGGGCUAGGAUCUUUUGCCUGCACUUGCAAUCCAUGCUACAGCGGCAGCGGGACGACAUGCACACGAUUGAAGUGCCCUGUUCUGGUGCCUCCAACGGCCGGAAGGCUUACUGCUAGCAGUUCUAAUAUGUGCGGAAAGAACUCGACGUUUGAAUGCGAGGUAGGCUAUCGUUUGGUCGGAUCGUCUUCUCUGCAAUGCGGCAAGGACUCGCUCUGGUCUGGAACGAAACCGGUCUGCAAUGAUAUCGAUGAAUGUGUACAGGGUACGGACAAUUGCGAUUCCAACGCUGAGUGCAACAACACGGUCGGAUCAUUCACUUGCACUUGUCAUGCUUGCUACAGCGGAGACGGCAUUAAUUGCACGCGAACGUCGUGUGCUGUUUUGAAGCCUCUAGAGAAUGGGAUCAUUUCUGGUGAGACGAAUUUGUGCGGAGAAAAUGUGACGUUUGCUUGUAACGAUGGCUAUCGCUUGUCGGGAUCCUCAUCGAGACAAUGCGGCAUAAACUCACUGUGGUCUGGAACGCAACCAGUUUGCAACGAUGUCAAUGAGUGUAAUGAGAAGUCUCACAAUUGUGCUGAAACAGUGGGAUCUUGUACGAACACUGCGGGAGGCUUUAAUUGCUCGUGUGUGAAGUGUUAUGCGGGUGAUGGCCGAUCGUGCAAGAGAAUCGAGUGUGGGAGUCUUUUGUCGCCGUCCAAUGGAACAAUAAACAGCAGCGACACGACAUGUUCUGCGACGGUUGCGUAUGGAUGCGUUGCUGGAUACCGUCUGAAUGGUGACCAAGUAAGAACGUGUCAGGAAAACGGUUCGUGGAGUGGAGAGCAGCCCCAGUGUUCAGAUGUCGACGAGUGUGCGGAAAGUACGCACGACUGCGAUUCUAAUGCCGAGUGCAUCAACGGGCUAGGAUCUUUUGCCUGCACUUGCAAUCCAUGCUACAGUGGCAGCGGGGCGACAUGCACACGAUUGAAGUGCCCUAUUCUGGUGCCUCCAAAGGCCGGAAGGCUUACUGCAAGCAGUUCUAAUAUGUGCGGAAAGAACUCGACGUUUGAAUGCGAGGUAGGCUAUCGUUUGGUCGGAUCGACUUCUCUGCAAUGCGGCAAGGACUCGCUCUGGUCUGGAACGAAACCGGUCUGCAAUGAUAUCGAUGAAUGUGUACAGGGUACGGACAAUUGCGAUUCCAACGCUGAGUGCAACAACACGGUCGGAUCAUUCACUUGCACUUGUCAUGCUUGCUACAGCGGAGACGGCAUUAAUUGCACGCGAACGUCGUGUGCUGUUUUGAAGCCUCUAGAGAAUGGGAGCAUUUCUGGUGAGACGAAUUUGUGCGGAGAAAAUGUGACGUUUGCUUGUAACGAUGGCUAUCGCUUGUCGGGAUCCUCAUCGAGACAAUGCGGCAUAAACUCACUGUGGUCUGGAACGCAACCAGUUUGCAACGAUGUCAAUGAGUGUAAUGAGAAGUCUCACAAUUGUGCUGAAACAGUGGGAUCUUGUACGAACACUGCGGGAGGCUUUAAUUGCUCGUGUGUGAAGUGUUAUGCGGGUGAUGGCCGAUCGUGCAAGAGAAUCGAGUGUGGGAGUCUUUUGUCGCCGUCCAAUGGAACAAUAAACAGCAGCGACACGACAUGUUCUGCGACGGUUGCGUAUGGAUGCGUUGCUGGAUACCGUCUGAAUGGUGACCAAGUAAGAACGUGUCAGGAAAACGGUUCGUGGAGUGGAGAGCAGCCCCAGUGUUCAGAUGUCGACGAGUGUGCGGAAAGUACGCACGACUGCGAUUCUAAUGCCGAGUGCAUCAACGGGCUAGGAUCUUUUGCCUGCACUUGCAAUCCAUGCUACAGCGGCAGCGGGACGACAUGCACACGAUUGAAGUGCGCUGUUCUGGUGCCUCCAAAGGCCGGAAGGCUUACUGCUAGCAGUUCUAAUAUGUGCGGAAAGAACUCGACGUUUGAAUGCGAGGUAGGCUAUCGUUUGGUCGGAUCGUCUUCUCUGCAAUGCGGCAAGGACUCGCUCUGGUCUGGAACGAAACCGGUCUGCAAUGAUAUCGAUGAAUGUGUAGAGGGUACGGACAAUUGCGAUUCCAACGCUGAGUGCAACAACACGGUCGGAUCAUUCGCUUGCACUUGUCAUGCUUGCUACAGCGGAGACGGCAUUAUGUGCACGCGAACGUCGUGUGCUGUUUUGAAGCCUCUAGAGAAUGGGAUCAUUUCUGGUGAGACGAAUUUGUGCGGAGAAAAUGUGACGUUUGCUUGUAACGAUGGCUAUCGCUUGUCGGGAUCCUCAUCGAGACAAUGCGGCAUAAACUCACUGUGGUCUGGAACGCAACCAGUUUGCAACGAUGUCAAUGAGUGUAAUGAGAAGUCUCACAAUUGUGCUGAAACAGUGGGAUCUUGUACGAACACUGCGGGAGGCUUUAAUUGCUCGUGUGUGAAGUGUUAUGCGGGUGAUGGCCGAUCGUGCAAGAGAAUCGAGUGUGGGAGUCUUUUGUCGCCGUCCAAUGGAACAAUAAACAGCAGCGACACGACAUGUUCUGCGAAGGUUGCGUAUGGAUGCGUUGCUGGAUACCGUCUGAAUGGUGACCAAGUAAGAACGUGUCAGGAAAACGGUUUGUGGAGUGGAGAGCAGCCCCAGUGUUCAGAUGUCGACGAGUGUGCGGAAAGUACGCACGACUGCGAUUCUAAUGCCGAGUGCAUCAACGGGCUAGGAUCUUUUGCCUGCACUUGCAAUCCAUGCUACAGCGGCAGCGGGGCGACAUGCACACGAUUGAAGUGCCCUAUUCUGGUGCCUCCAAAGGCCGGAAGGCUUACUGCAAGCAGUUCUAAUAUGUGCGGAAAGAACUCGACGUUUGAAUGCGAGGGUACGGACAAUUGCGAUUCCAACGCUGAGUGCAACAACAAGGUCGGAUCAUUCGCUUGCACUUGUCAUGCUUGCUACAGCGGAGACGGCAUUAUGUGCACGCGAACGUCGUGUGCUGUUUUGAAGCCUCUAGAGAAUGGGAUCAUUUCUGGUGAGACGAAUUUGUGCGGAGAAAAUGUGACGUUUGCUUGUAACGAUGGCUAUCGCUUGUCGGGAUCCUCAUCGAGACAAUGCGGCAUAAACUCACUGUGGUCUGGAACGCAACCAGUUUGCAACGAUGUCAAUGAGUGUAAUGAGAAGUCUCACAAUUGUGCUGAAACAGUGGGAUCUUGUACGAACACUGCGGGAGGCUUUAAUUGCUCGUGUGUGAAGUGUUAUGCGGGUGAUGGCCGAUCGUGCAAGAGAAUCGAGUGUGGGAGUCUUUUGUCGCCGUCCAAUGGAACAAUAAACAGCAGCGACACGACAUGUUCUGCGACGGUUGCGUAUGGAUGCGUUGCUGGAUACCGUCUGAAUGGUGACCAAGUAAGAACGUGUCAGGAAAACGGUUCGUGGAGUGGAGAGCAGCCCCAGUGUUCAGAUGUCGACGAGUGUGCGGAAAGUACGCACGACUGCGAUUCUAAUGCCGAGUGCAUCAACGGGCUAGGAUCUUUUGCCUGCACUUGCAAUCCAUGCUACAGCGGCAGCGGGACGACAUGCACACGAUUGAAGUGCCCUGUUCUGGUGCCUCCAACGGCCGGAAGGCUUACUGCUAGCAGUUCUAAUAUGUGCGGAAAGAACUCGACGUUUGAAUGCGAGGUAGGCUAUCGUUUGGUCGGAUCGUCUUCUCUGCAAUGCGGCAAGGACUCGCUCUGGUCUGGAACGAAACCGGUCUGCAAUGAUAUCGAUGAAUGUGUACAGGGUACGGACAAUUGCGAUUCCAACGCUGAGUGCAACAACACGGUCGGAUCAUUCACUUGCACUUGUCAUGCUUGCUACAGCGGAGACGGCAUUAAUUGCACGCGAACGUCGUGUGCUGUUUUGAAGCCUCUAGAGAAUGGGAUCAUUUCUGGUGAGACGAAUUUGUGCGGAGAAAAUGUGACGUUUGCUUGUAACGAUGGCUAUCGCUUGUCGGGAUCUUCAUCGAGACAAUGCGGCAUAAACUCACUGUGGUCUGGAACGCAACCAGUUUGCAACGAUGUCAAUGAGUGUAAUGAGAAGUCUCACAAUUGUGCUGAAACAGUGGGAUCUUGUACGAACACUGCGGGAGGCUUUAAUUGCUCGUGUGUGAAGUGUUAUGCGGGUGAUGGCCGAUCGUGCAAGAGAAUCGAGUGUGGGAGUCUUUUGUCGCCGUCCAAUGGAACAAUAAACAGCAGCGACACGACAUGUUCUGCGACGGUUGCGUAUGGAUGCGUUGCUGGAUACCGUCUGAAUGGUGACCAAGUAAGAACGUGUCAGGAAAACGGUUCGUGGAGUGGAGAGCAGCCCCAGUGUUCAGAUGUCGACGAGUGUGCGGAAAGUACGCACGACUGCGAUUCUAAUGCCGAGUGCAUCAACGGGCUAGGAUCUUUUGCCUGCACUUGCAAUCCAUGCUACAGCGGCAGCGGGGCGACAUGCACACGAUUGAAGUGCCCUAUUCUGGUGCCUCCAAAGGCCGGAAGGCUUACUGCAAGCAGUUCUAAUAUGUGCGGAAAGAACUCGACGUUUGAAUGCGAGGUAGGCUAUCGUUUGGUCGGAUCGACUUCUCUGCAAUGCGGCAAGGACUCGCUCUGGUCUGGAACGAAACCGGUCUGCAAUGAUAUCGAUGAAUGUGUACAGGGUACGGACAAUUGCGAUUCCAACGCUGAGUGCAACAACACGGUCGGAUCAUUCACUUGCACUUGUCAUGCUUGCUACAGCGGAGACGGCAUUAAUUGCACGCGAACGUCGUGUGCUGUUUUGAAGCCUCUAGAGAAUGGGAGCAUUUCUGGUGAGACGAAUUUGUGCGGAGAAAAUGUGACGUUUGCUUGUAACGAUGGCUAUCGCUUGUCGGGAUCCUCAUCGAGACAAUGCGGCAUAAACUCACUGUGGUCUGGAACGCAACCAGUUUGCAACGAUGUCAAUGAGUGUAAUGAGAAGUCUCACAAUUGUGCUGAAACAGUGGGAUCUUGUACGAACACUGCGGGAGGCUUUAAUUGCUCGUGUGUGAAGUGUUAUGCGGGUGAUGGCCGAUCGUGCAAGAGAAUCGAGUGUGGGAGUCUUUUGUCGCCGUCCAAUGGAACAAUAAACAGCAGCGACACGACAUGUUCUGCGACGGUUGCGUAUGGAUGCGUUGCUGGAUACCGUCUGAAUGGUGACCAAGUAAGAACGUGUCAGGAAAACGGUUCGUGGAGUGGAGAGCAGCCCCAGUGUUCAGAUGUCGACGAGUGUGCGGAAAGUACGCACGACUGCGAUUCUAAUGCCGAGUGCAUCAACGGGCUAGGAUCUUUUGCCUGCACUUGCAAUCCAUGCUACAGUGGCAGCGGGGCGACAUGCACACGAUUGAAGUGCCCUAUUCUGGUGCCUCCAAAGGCCGGAAGGCUUACUGCAAGCAGUUCUAAUAUGUGCGGAAAGAACUCGACGUUUGAAUGCGAGGUAGGCUAUCGUUUGGUCGGAUCGACUUCUCUGCAAUGCGGCAAGGACUCGCUCUGGUCUGGAACGAAACCGGUCUGCAAUGAUAUCGAUGAAUGUGUACAGGGUACGGACAAUUGCGAUUCCAACGCUGAGUGCAACAACACGGUCGGAUCAUUCACUUGCACUUGUCAUGCUUGCUACAGCGGAGACGGCAUUAAUUGCACGCGAACGUCGUGUGCUGUUUUGAAGCCUCUAGAGAAUGGGAUCAUUUCUGGUGAGACGAAUUUGUGCGGAGAAAAUGUGACGUUUGCUUGUAACGAUGGCUAUCGCUUGUCGGGAUCCUCAUCGAGACAAUGCGGCAUAAACUCACUGUGGUCUGGAACGCAACCAGUUUGCAACGAUGUCAAUGAGUGUAAUGAGAAGUCUCACAAUUGUGCUGAAACAGUGGGAUCUUGUACGAACACUGCGGGAGGCUUUAAUUGCUCGUGUGUGAAGUGUUAUGCGGGUGAUGGCCGAUCGUGCAAGAGAAUCGAGUGUGGGAGUCUUUUGUCGCCGUCCAAUGGAACAAUAAACAGCAGCGACACGACAUGUUCUGCGACGGUUGCGUAUGGAUGCGUUGCUGGAUACCGUCUGAAUGGUGACCAAGUAAGAACGUGUCAGGAAAACGGUUUGUGGAGUGGAGAGCAGCCCCAGUGUUCAGAUGUCGACGAGUGUGCGGAAAGUACGCACGACUGCGAUUCUAAUGCCGAGUGCAUCAACGGGCUAGGAUCUUUUGCCUGCACUUGCAAUCCAUGCUACAGCGGCAGCGGGACGACAUGCACACGAUUGAAGUGCCCUGUUCUGGUGCCUCCAACGGCCGGAAGGCUUACUGCUAGCAGUUCUAAUAUGUGCGGAAAGAACUCGACGUUUGAAUGCGAGGUAGGCUAUCGUUUGGUCGGAUCGUCUUCUCUGCAAUGCGGCAAGGACUCGCUCUGGUCUGGAACGAAACCGGUCUGCAAUGAUAUCGAUGAAUGUGUACAGGGUACGGACAAUUGCGAUUCCAACGCUGAGUGCAACAACACGGUCGGAUCAUUCACUUGCACUUGUCAUGCUUGCUACAGCGGAGACGGCAUUAAUUGCACGCGAACGUCGUGUGCUGUUUUGAAGCCUCUAGAGAAUGGGAUCAUUUCUGGUGAGACGAAUUUGUGCGGAGAAAAUGUGACGUUUGCUUGUAACGAUGGCUAUCGCUUGUCGGGAUCCUCCUCGAGACAAUGCGGCAUAAACUCACUGUGGUCUGGAACCAUAUCGUUCUGCAGUGAUAUUAAUGAGUGCAUCGAAGGCUCUCAUAAUUGUGCUCAAAAGGGGGGACUUUGUGCUAACACACCAGGCGGAUAUAAUUGCUCGUGUGACCCAUGCUAUAAUGGCGACGGCAGGUCUUGCUCUCUAAUUACUUGCGAAAAUCUUACAGCGCCGUCUAAUGGGGCAAUAAGCGGGGAUGGGACAGUGUGUGGUUCCAGGGUAGCCUAUUCUUGUACCUCUGGAUAUCGGCUAAAGGGAGACAGUUUGAGAGAAUGUAAACGGGAUGGCUCAUGGAGUGGAAAGGAGCCUGAGUGUGCAGAUGUCAACGAAUGCAAGGAGAAGACACAUAAAUGUGACACCGCCAAUGGUGCCUGCUCUAACACCGCCGGGAGUUAUAAAUGCUCGUGCAAAAAAUGCUACACUCUGAACGGCGUUUCUUGUGAGUUACUUCAUUGUUCCAAUUUGUCAGCUCCAAUUCAUGGAAGAUUAUCGUCAUUGGAUACGGGUUGUGGGAGCAUGGUCUCGUUCUCCUGUUUAGAUGGUUUUGCCCGUUCAAGUGGCUCACAAAAGCGAAAGUGUAAUCCGAAGGGAAGGUGGUCUGGCAAAUCUCUCUUGUGCAAAGGUUGGCUCUAUUUAACCUAAUUAACUGAAUUAAUGACUAAUAUAAUAAUUCGAAUCUCUAUAUCUAUAUCAAAGC